UCUUGUGGAGCCUUCAGCAUCUCACGGUGUACAGUCGACGUCUGAGACAGCAGCUCCCAGUCUCCAGUUUCCAUCGAUUCACCGUCUGCAAAGGAUGUGCCCACCUCCAUCGGUCGAGGUCGGUGUGUGGCUUAGUAACAAGAAGAGAGCUGUGUCCCUUUGAAUAGGUCUGAGUGUAGUUGUAGUACAACCCCUAGUAGUUGGUAGUUGACUGAAGGAUUACUUUUUUCUUCAAGAGGGGAAAUGAGGGACCAGUUGAAAAUUUCCCGGAAGGAGUUUUCAAAAGUUGGUUAAAAUUCGGUGCUUUUAGUUUUGGGUUUUUCCUGAGUUUGUCAACCUUGUUGGGUGUUGUCCUGGAAGUUGCUGGACUGUGCGGUCGUCUGAAGAAGAGUUUGGAUUAGUCCUGGACGUCCGGGUCCACGGGACCAGCUGCCGCCGAAUCAUCUGCGAAGAUUCCGGGUAUUGAUUUUCGCGGUGGUCAUAACGCGUAGAUUCCCACCUGAUCUUGAAGCCGAGCGGGGACGGCGAAGAAAAUCGUGAAAAGGGUGCGUUUUUCAUCUCCCUGAACUCGGAAGAGAGCUUUCGCGUGGCAAGGAUGGCGUGAAAAUUUUCAAGAAAUUUCCAUUUUUAACAGAAGGAUCAUCCCUGGUCAUCGCCACGGUUCAAAGGUGAAUUUUCAGCUGUAUCGAUUUAUGUGGUGUAGUGUGUUUUUUUUUUUGUUUGUCUGCUUUUGCUUCCCAAGAGGAGAAGAUUUGACAUCUGGCUACGGUCAAAAGCGAGCUCCAGUUUCGGAGAAGCUCCAGCAUCCAUCCCCACUACCCCUCUUCCUCGCCAAAAGAACGACCACCCCUCAACAGUCAGCGAGUGAGGGUGAAUGCAACUGUCACGAUUUUCCAACCCCUCGCGCGUGAGUGAGAAGAAGAAAAGAGAGCUUUCGGUGUGCAAGUCGAGAGAAGAGCGAAAGCUCGCUCGCCACUCUCGGCGUGAGGAAAAUAGCCAGUGAGAGAGAGAGAGAGAGAGCGACCGCGAGUCGUGAGGUGCAUCUCACCGUCGUGUAGUAUUGUGUAACAACAAACUGGCACCCCGUUCGAAAUCGUGGCUGGCUGUGAUGGCUGUGGUGAGCAGCGCACCGCGCGUCACACUGAAGAGAAAGAAGAACAAGAAGACGAUGCGCUUUUGAAGUGCGUUGCACUUGUCCUUUUCCUCGCUCACUCGUGUGGGGUAGCCGUGAGUCGUGAGCGCAGUCCUCGUCGAAAGGUGGUGGAACUAGCCGUCAGCUGGCAAAGGCUAGAGGGCGCCAACGACGAAGCAACACCGUCGUACUAUUAGGCUUGUAGGCACCUGGUUCUAGUUGGUUCGUUGGUUGGCGUGGGGAACACGACCAACACGGAGCCAAAUUGUUUGCAACAAGCCAUAACCUAUAAUGUUCAGCGCCGGUGUUAGAGGACAUGCCCGAUAUGCAAAUGUUUAAUGUGUUCGUUUUUAGGUGGCGCGGAUUUGGCGUGCAGUGAAUGGCUUAACUGGGGAAGGUGAAUCGAGAACACAGCGGAGAAUACGAGCAAAUAUUCGUGUUUAAUGAUCGUUAGUAGCAGUGACCAGAAGAUCGCAAAACCCUUCCAGAAACCGUGGCUGUGUGGACAAAACUGAAACAAAAAAAAACUAUGAAAACUAGACACAAGAACCACACAUGGUCAACGAAUUGAUCCAGUUAGUAAAACAAAGGUUAAAAGUGAAGUUCAAAGUAACAAGUUAGAAAAGCAAAAAAAAUGGCCGCCGUAGUGUACGGAAACAGUCCGCGGCACACCAGCCGGCAUCACCACUCCGGAGGGGGUGGAGGCCAAGGCCACAUGGUGUCGACCCAGCACUCGCCCUACCAUCACCACCAGCAGUCGGGCUCGUCCGGCGGUUCGCUGCAGCACCACUCGUCACUGCCCUCGCACCACCAUUCGGCGCCCGGAUCGAUGAUGACGGGGUCGGCGAUGGCCGGCCUCAUCACGCCGCCGACGUCCUACCUGUCCACGUCGACGACCACGAUUUCUUCGGUGUCCCACCAGCAGGCCGCCGCCCUCUACUACCAGCAGCAGCAGGCCCAGGUCCAGGCCCAGCAGCAGGCCAUCCACUACCACAACAUGCGCAACUCGAAGCGCAAGUCCGCCGUGGAGAUGCUCGCCGAAAGCAAACCGUUCUACGUCAAGUCGGAAACGGUGCUGGACCGGCAACAGCAGCUCGGCAUGAGGGUGGGCGGGGGAGGGGUUGGUGUCGUCUGCGGAAGUGGAAUGGGUGGCGGAGGAGGAUCCGGGCCAGUUUCGGGAUCAUAUAUGCUGUCUCCAUCGCGGACGUUGCCUCAAGGCUCGCAGCUGCAGUCAUCCUCGCACCACCACGCAUCAUCCCAGCAGCAGCAGAUGGUCCAACAGCGGCCAGCUAGCCGCCGUAGCGCGUCCUCCGGGUCGGACCUGCUGCAGACCAAACUGCGCAAGCUUCUAAACACCGACGGCAGCAAAGAGACAAUAAUUCCCUCGGACAUUGCCCUAAAUUCUAAAUACGGUCCUCCGCAACCUCUGGAGACCAGCUACAUCCAGCCGCCGAAGAACUACCAGCAACAGCUGACGGUACAUCCGGAACAGCCGAGCGACGUGUCAGUGUUCUUCCCAAGUGCGUUCCUCUCACCGCAAUCCCUGCCGCCCCAUCCCGUUGGUGACGAAGAUCUGUAUCUGUACAGCGUCGUGACGGACGACUACCGCACCAUAAGUCCACCGGCGGAGUACGCCGAGAACGCUUCCCCCGAGAAACACAGCAGUCAUAGCCGCUACAACUACCAGCGAUCGUACUCGCACUCGCAGGCCGUGGUGCACCAGGACGAGUCGGACUACUCGCCGACGCAGUCGUACAACAUCAACAGUCACAAGUCACUGCCGGAUCUGCACUCGCAAAUCAGUCGCCAUUCUCCGCACUCGGAAGCGUUGAGUUGCUGUAGCCGCGGCAAUCGCUCGAACCGAUCCGGCAGCUCGUUCAACCGGGACUCGGGUGGUUCGUCCGGGCACUACACUCACCACAGUGAACCGUGCUGCAAGCAACAACAGCAGCAGCAGCUACACCAGCAACAACAGCAGAGUGAUGGACUCAUGGGCGUUGGUGGCGGUGGCGGGGAUUACCGCCGGGACAGCGGAUCAUCCACUCAGCACAGCGGAAACUCGUACUACGCGUACGGAAUUCCCCCGCUGCGGUACGAUUGCAUCGAGUGCCGCGCCAAGAUCCGCGAGGAAGCCGACUGCCUGCUGAACUUUACCACGCCCGAAGUUCCGGAAGCGUUCCAGGACGACUACAGCGAAAAGCAGAAGCAAAAGUACUACGAAGACGCGCGAGAUCGCAACGCUUCGGCGGCUCGUAAAUACUACAAAAAUCCUGGACCAAUAUCUCCACUGUCGCCGGUAUCGCCACUCUCCCCCCAGGACCAACAGCAGCUCGAUCUGAGUCCUCCGCUGGGAACGUUCAAACGGCAGAAAUGCCUUCGGUUCAAGAAUCGGGGCCGCCAGUCGGCCAUCAGCAAUCCCAACUCGCGCUGCGGUGAUGGUCGUGGUAGUUCCGCCGCGGAUGACGAUCGCCGGCCGAUCCUGCGCUCCAAGAGCGACAUUAGCGAUCGCUACUGGAACCGGAUGUCGGACAAGCAACGCGAACAGCAGAAGCUGCUGGAGAAGCAAAGAUCUCGAUCGGACAGCCUCACCCAGCUGGAGCACUUCUUCGACCGGCUCGGGCUGAACGACGAAACGUACGAACGGUACAUCGCACCUUCCAAGGGUCGCAAGUCUCCGAACUACCACAGCAAUUCCGGCAGUGACAUCCACCGGCUAUCGGCGGAGGACACCGGCGACUCGGACGAAUCCAGCGCCGUGUUCUUCUCGGACGUUAGCACGAUCGACUCGACGCGCCUACCGGACAGUACCGAAACGAGCAACGAGCCUCAGCCGCUGCUUCCACCACCGUCUUCCCAGCAGCAGCAGCAGCAGCAGCAGCAACAACAACAGGUCCAACAGCAGCAGCAGCAGGCCGGAACCGGUGCCGGAGGUGGUCCGCUCAACAGUCUGACCAAUCCGGCCAUGUAUCGGCCGAGCGAACCGCCGUCAAUUAUAGAACGCAACGCACGUAUUAUCAAGUGGCUGUGUAACUGCAAAAAGAUGCAGCUGGCCUAAGAUUGGCCGCUCGGGGCACGACCACAGCCUGCCGAAGGCGUCGUCGUCUCCACCGGGGGAUAUUCUUCAAAACUGACUCGUUUUAGAACGAUUGACCGUGAGGGGGGCCGAACUUACCUGUCUGAGUGGUUUUAACGGGCGUGAUGCUAACGCAAAACUACCCAUUUUGCGGCAGCUGUCAAAAUGACACGUCGUUCGCAUCAGUACUCACGAAAUGGGUAGCUCUGCUCUCGCAAAACAGGCACGCCACAGACAAUAGCCAUAGCAACUUCUGGAACCAACAAAGAAUUGACUAACCUGUAAUAACGGAGAGAAAGAGAAAGAAAUCAAACACUAAAUUCUACCACCUACGCGAGUAAUCAAAUUACGCAGAAUGUAAACAAAACGAUAAACAAAUAUUUUACACCAUAAUCACGAACAGAAGCAAACGGUAGCCUAGGUCAUCAUGUUGUAGUUGCAUGUAAUGAAAUACAACAUUCAAUAUAUUGCAAAAUCUUAUAAACAGAACAGCGACAAAAUAAAACAUGUCAAUCAAAAUUUAAGCAAAAACAAACAAGUAGAACACAUACAACCAAAGAAUGAAGUAAUCGUCUCGUUGUUUUAACUGGUUUUAAAACGAUGAAACGCAACUGGAUACAGGAAAAUGAUGGAACGAAAACGAGUCAGGCGUCAGAAUCAAAGUGAAAAUAUGCAAAACUAAAACUUUAGAAUCGAAUAGUUGUAGAGAGCAAAGCAUAAACAAAAAAAGUUUUCAAAAAUACUAACAAAAAUACGCUAAGAAGUCACACUCUCCACCGUAGUGAACCCCCGAAGUGUCGAAUAGGAACUGAAACCCGAAAAAUAUUAAAAUAUAAAAAAAUACGAAAACUACAAAACGCCUAUCAAAACCCGAACUUACCCGCUCGCGCAUUGGCUUCCGCGAAAGACUAAAAGCCUAGGUGCAAAGUUGGAAGCGCGAAUAUUUUUAAAGUGUAGUGUUUCUUCCUUUUUAAAUGUAAAUAACAUAAAGUGUCACGUAAAACCCCCUGUGUUAACACCCAUUUCCAAAGCAUAACCUCUAUAUAAUUCUGUUGUAAUGUUUGCGAAAAUCUAAAAAUUGAGACACAAAAUUCAGUGAACUUUUUGUACAAAAUAACGCUGUUUGAAACAAUUGAUACAAAAUUGCCUAUCCGAAAAAAUACUUAGCUUUCAACGGUUGAUUUAUUCCAACAAACAAUUCAAACACUCAUUUGACAGAAUACACAAUGAAAUAAAUUUACACUUUUCUUAACAGCACUUGAUCGAUGGAUAAUAGUUAAAUUAGACAUUUACUUUGAAUUGAAAUCAACAACAGUGUAACAAUUAAAAUUAUAUGAGAACAAUUUAAAAAAAACACUAUUUUCUAGUCUAAUAUAUUAAUGAUGAAACAAAUACUUAAUUCAUGCAAGUAUAUUACUACUAUAUGAUAAUGGAUCGAAUUAAUCUUACUUACUAUAGUUGAUAGAACGAGAUUUAAUGAAAAAAAAAUACACAGGAAACAAAAUCAAUACAGCGCUGUUCAAGUUGAAAAACAAUAUUCACAAAAAAAUAAUCUUCACACUAAGAGACGCGUGACUACACCCAAAUAGAGAGAAAAUCAUUCAAAUCCAGUCUGUGUUUUUGUUUCAGUUCAUUUCAAAAGCCGCUAAAUAUUAAAACCACGCAAACAUACACCGAUCGACAUCAAUUACACAAUGAGCGUGAAACAAUUGCAAAACUAAUCACUGCAAAAUCAAACACUAUAAAAAACAGUAGAAAAAAAGAUAAAAGCUAGCGAUACACCGAAAAACUUAACUAUAACAUAGCAACACACUGAAAAAAAGCAACUCCACAUAAGAAUCAAUAAUCCUAACUAUUCAAAGCGUAGAAAUACAUACAGCAAGCGACUAGCGAGAAGAUCAAACAAAUGAAAAAAAAAAACAAUCUUUAAUGCUACUUAGUCCCGAUUUCGAAAUAGUGCAAACUUAAACAUUAACUCAAAACAAAACACAAAAAAUACACGCAGAACAAAAAAGAUAACAUGCAACUGUGAGAAUCGAAUCAAAACCAAAACCGAAUAAAAAAAACAAACAAAUGUAACUAAUUGCAAUAGAGACGUUCCACAAAGCGCAGAGCAAAACCAAAACCGGUCAGUUUAUAGAGUGUCAUAUAACAAGUGCGAGGCAAACAAAACAACAUUGGUAAACGACAUGUAGCAGUUAUAAACAACAACAACAAAAUGGAAUAAGUUAAUCAAAAUGAAAGGAAAAAAUAACGUUGGCAGGAGUAAAAAGAGCCGAACAGUAAAUCAAAAUAACAGUCACAAGGCAAAAGACAAGAAAAAAAGGCAUAUAUGAAGAAAAAAAA